UGAAGUAGGAAUACCGCAGCCAUCGCGAUCUUAAUCAUUCGUAGACGUUUUAAAGGCCAAUCUUGAUUCGUUUAUGAAUUAUUAAAAAGUGAAUUCAUAUGUCGUAAAUCAAUAAAACACUUAACUGGACAUACAGGAUUUAGAACCCCAUGGCGGACCACUUUGCCGAGCAGGAUAUUGCAGUUGAUGGAAACAUCAUUCCCAACAGAGCAUUAUGAAGUGUUUCUGCGGUACGACCGGGGCGGGCGGGGCCGGAUGCUGGUAACGGACGUACCGGAAGCCUUCUUGGCGCUGGGACAUAACCCCACCGAGAAGGAACUGGUCGCCCUAAUCGAUAGCAUCCCCAGGGAAGACGGGCGUGACUAUUUCGACUUCCCGGAGUUCCUGACAUUGCUGGCAUGCCACCUGCAGGCGCUGGAGCCAGAGGACCGCCUCCGCACAGCCUUCCGGGUAUUCGACAAGGACGGAAAUGGAAGAGUAAAUGCGGCAGAGCUAAGGACGACGAUGACUAUCCUCGGUGAACGUUUGAGCGAGGCGGAUGUGGAGUUCAUGGUGCGGACGGCCGACAUGGGCGGUGACGGACAUAUCAACUACGAGGAGUUCAUCCGCGUUAUGACAAGCAAAUAACGGGACCCAUGAAUUUUAACACAGAAUUUACACAUGUCUAGCAGAUGGUGGAGUCCCUGAGCACAGAAAUGACACUUUACAUGUAUUUUUUAUUAACAACAAUGACGACA